AUGGGAGCUGAGGAGAUCAAUACCCUCGACACGGAGGCAAUCAGUAAAACUCUGGCACCCAGAUCUCAACAAGGUGUUCAUGUGACAGCAGUGCACAUACCGUGCUGCCUUGUCCUCAAGUGUAUGUACUACUGUCUUCGCAAUGACACUUCACAGUGGAGUAAAACACAUCUCUCGGGGCUUGAUUCUUCAAAACCUAAAGCUGAGACCAUCAUUUGGCCGAAGCAAGAAUUUUAUGUGCUUAAGACGUUAGAAGACCUCAGGUAUGCCCAAGAUGGCUUUCAUGGAACGCAGAAGCAAUAUAAUCCUUUUAACAAAUUCGGAAAUGAAGAUAAGACAGACACCAGCAGUCAGUCAACUACACUCCUUACUCUGCAUGCAGUCGUCAUGGUGGAAGUGACGACAGCAACGUCUCAAGACAAGGUCAGCAUCUAUCAACAGUCUUCCCCUUCCACAGACUCUGCUUCAUCCACAGGAAGCCCUGCUAAGCUUUUGUCAUCUAGCAUUUGGUCUGGAGUGACAAAUGAUUCAGAAUUUAAUGACCAAACAGAAAAGAAAACUAACUAUUCCACUGGAGAGUUUGAUGGAACCGAACAUGUCACACAAGAUGGAUUUCCGAGCCUUGCGUCUGCAGUUACUUUGGAACAAAGUGUUUUAACAUCUCUGCAAGGAUCUUUUACAGGAGAUAACUCCACAACAGACAUGACAGAGCAACAAGAAAGGACAACUCUAGAUAAAGACGAGCAAGUGUCUACGGAUCCACCGACAGACGAUGAUACAACCGACACCAAAGUCGAGGUAGAAUACAACACCACGGAGUCCAAACCGUGGACAAAGGACAGGAAUGUAGAAGCAGCGCCAUCAGGAGGCGACACACCAGUCACAGGCCACGUGACACACACAGCAUCAGGGACAGACCCCACAAGCACACACAGGACACUACUGGCAGAUGGCUACAGCACAGAUGCAACAGAUGCAGGUGAAAACACCACGGAGGAAGCAAAGGUGGUAGAAUCUGAGGCCAGGAAGCCGACAUCACUGAUAAACUUGACAGCAACGACAGUAGUGAUGGAUGCCAGCAGCACACAUGCAGCAUCGAUGACAGAGAGCAGUGUUGUAGAGACAACUGUCUCUAACGUUGCUGGAAAAACAUCCGCGAUGGCUACCGACUUCACAAGUGAAACAACUGCGAGACAUCUUGUUACUACAGGAGAACUGUUGCUGACCGAAAAUAAUAGUGCACAUACGGCAAUGACGAGAGACAACACUGUGACAACAACACCAGCGACAGAUGACACUCUCACUGAAAGGACACUAGUGACAGACGACCAUAUGACUGUAACAACACAAGUGACAGGCUCCUCUGUCACUGAACCAAUACUAGUGACCGAAGAUUUCAUUACUGAGACUGCUCGACUGACUAAUAAUUCUGUCACAGAAAUGGCACUAGUAACAGAUUACAUUAACAUGGAUACGACACUAACGACAGACUACCCUGUCACUGAAGCAAUAGUAACGACGGAUGAUACUAUCAGUGAAACAGCAUUAGUGUCAGACGACCCUCUGACGGAAACAACACUUGCGACAGAAGACAUUACCACGGAGACAGGACUACAUUAUAACCUCACAAACACUUUACCAGUGACACGUGACAACAUCACAGAUGGUACUCCAGGUACACACAAUAUCACAGAUGGUACUCCAGGUACACACAAUAUCACAGAUGGUACUCCAGGUACACACAAUAUCACAGAUGGUACUCCAGGUACACACAAUAUCACAGAUGGUACUCCAGGUACACACAAUAUCACAGAUGGUACGCCAGGGACACACAGUAUCACAGAUGGUACGCCAGGGACACAUAGUAUCACAGAUGGUACUCCAGAGACACACAGUAUCACAGAUGGUACUCCAGGGACACAUAGUAUCACAGAUGGUUCUCCAGGGACACACAGUAUCACAGAUGGUUCUCCAGGGACACACAGUAUCACAGAUGGUACUCCAGGUACACACAAUAUCACAGAUGGUACUCCAGGGACACACAAUAUCACAGAUGGUACUCCAGGGACACACAAUAUCACAGAUGCCAGAUCAGUGACGGAUUAUCGUGUCACAAACACUUCACUGUCGACACAUUACAAUAUCACAUAUUCAACAUCAACGACCCACGACAGUGUUACAGAUCACACUAUCGUCCAUACACAACCUCUGAGUAAUGAGAGUUUCACACAUUACAGUGUGAAGGGUUCCAGUGUUACAGUACCAACAACAACCACUGACACCAAGCAGACUACUGGAGUUGCAUCCCACAGAAUUUCAGAUACCACCCUGCCAAGAGAUCACGUGUACGAGGACACAUCCAUUACAGACUAUGUUACAGACACAUCUAUAACAAAUAUUUUUGUUGAUGACACAGCGGCCAUGACAAAGGAUGGUAGUGCACACGCAGGAGAAGUGGGGGACUACAGUACUACAGAAAUGACUUCACUGAUGACAACCUUAGUGUGGAGACUAAGCAAAACAAAACUACAAAACACCAUGACAGACAUCAGUGAUGCUGAUGCAGGAACAACACCAUUAUCAGCAAACGUCUCAUCAUCUAUCACGAUUUCCACUUCUGAGUUUGUUGGCUCCGAGGCGAUGACAACAGGGUCUUCGGGGUUACUGACUGGUCCAGACUCAUCCCUGGAGAUGACAACCGUCAGGGUUUCUCCUCAAUAUAUUUCAGAAUCACUCCCGACUUCUGUCGAGCUACCACUACACCACACGUCUCCAACCCAGAGGACAGCAACAACGACAGGACUCGAACCAGAUUCGUAUUCCACACUGGAACUAAAAGGGUCUACUCCAGGGUUCGAAAAUACAGACGACUUUACCGCCGCCCAAGAAACACCGAGAACUUCAUCAGAAGCAGUGGCAACAUCAGAUACAACUUUACAAGGAAUAAGCGAGGAGUUGACAUCAACCUCAGCAAUGAGGCCUGCAACAACAACCACCCUACACGUGGAAGUAAAAGACACUUCAACAGAUGGAUUACGAACAGUAGAAACUCUGAACUCUACAUUAGAGGCAACAGACGAACCCACGACAUUUGUAGAUGCAUCAAGAAUGAUGAUGACAUCGCAUUCUACUCGGGUUACAUCAGGGGUUACAUCAGGUGUUACAUCAGACACCGCAGACUUACCAAAUUCUAGCUCAAGUGCCACAAGUGAUGAGGCAACUUCAACAUCACAGACUAAGAAAUCAAGUUUCUCCACUUCAGAGGCAACAAGUGAACCGAUGACCUGGACAGACUCAUCAGGACCUCAGUGGGUUACGAAUGGAGUAACGAUGUUGGAAAAGAACACAGAAACUACAAUGUCUGCACCUGAGAUUUCAAGCACAACUGAACCAGAGCUGGCAGCAACUUCAAAAACAAUCAUAGAUGUGAGUUUAAGCUCGAGGUCGUCACCAGAAGUCACAGCAGACGUGGGGACAGCCUCUGAUGUCACGAGAGAUUCCUCCACCCUCGCUACGCAAACAUCAGAAGUUCUUACAUUGGUGACAACUUUAGGUGCGUCUUUUGGAAACACAGAAACUUCACAUUCUGGAAAUUUUUCAGAAUCUGUAGAUGUGACAAAGUCCGUCAAAGACGGGAUCAGCACCACGGCCUUAUCAGAAUCGAGCUACCAAACUGAUUUUCGGGAUGUGUCAGAAACCGUAGACACAGGCUCUACCACGGAGAAAGCACGUGAUGUGAUACUCACAGAUUCUCCUAGUCUGCUGACAACUUCAAAGGAAACUCUAGAAACAAAGACCAUUCUGACCUCCCAGGAAGCUACAGGUGGUCUGGCAGCGUCCACAGAAACAACACUGAACGGAACUGAAUUCUUCCAAACGUCGCUAGACCUGACUUUAGAACCACCAGCAGAUCAAACAUUCACCACACUUUCAUCAACUUCAGAGUACGAACCCGAUUUCACAUCUUCAGAACCGUCGUUGAGACCUCUGAAAACUUCAGAGUCCACGAGUAGGUCUUUUACCUUCGAGGCAACACCCGUUUCAGAAGCAGUAACGAGCGAAGAAACACGAGGUGUGUCAGAGACACGGAAAACUGAAUCGUUUUGGAGUAUCUCAAGCCAAGAAUUGGUGUCAGGGUACGGGACAACGCAAGGUUCGCUUUCUGAUGUAUUAAGCCCGGAGACAAUAUCAGAGGGAGUGAGUUUGCAUGGGAUGACUGCAUCUUCGUUAGCUAUGUCCAGCCAGAAGACAGUGUCAGAACCAACGAAGGAACCUGAAAUGAAUUCCGGCUCCAGUAGUGAGAUUUUUACCUCUGCGUCACAAUCAACGAUAUUUUGGAUUGUCACAAGUCCGGUGCCAUCCUCAGAAGGGAUCAGCAAUGAAACAGCAUCAGACAGAGGUCAGCCUUCAGCAUCAGCUGCAUUGGUAUCGACUGAAAGCAGCAUUCCUGAAACCUCAUCAAGACCCGUGAACAUCAUUUCAACAUCGGAUUUGGGAGUUACAGCCAGGGAAACAACUCUGGAACUUACUUCAGGACGAAUCGGGGACACAUCUCACGUGUCUUUGGGACAUUCGGGACGUUCAGAUUCAGUUAUUGAGGCCCUCACUACGGAUGCUGUUGACAUCGCUUCCGAAACAAGCUUUGAUUUUACUUCCAGACCUUCAACUUCUUCGGAAACUGUAUCAAGUCCUGUAACGACUUCGAUGCUAACAGAUGUAACUGGUAAUCAACGGGUGUCAAAACCAACCUCAGGCAGUUCGACAAUUACAGAAUCUUAUGAAGUCACCACACAAUCACUUCGAGAGUCGACAGCAACAUCAGAAGCCACGUCUACGAGUUUGACAUCAACAUCUGACUCAGCGAUAACUGGGUCGACGACUAACAUGACGAGAGAGGGCAUCGUGUCAGACAGCACACAAGGAUCUGCGACAGACCGAGUGUCAACACCAGGGUGGACGAGUGAAGAGACAGAAUCAACAAGUGACUCAAAGCAUCUGACGUCAGAGUCAGUCACAGGGGAGACAAGCAUAGAGAACACAUCAGAAAUUGUCUCGAGAGUAACCAAACCUUGGUUGACAACCACAGGAGGAACUCAUGAAGUGGCGAUGUCAGACUCUAGUGUACAAACAGUGAACACGUCAUCAUUGCCUGCGGUUAAGGAGACAACACCUGUAACCGAAGAGCCUAUGGUGACGAGUCAGGGGACGACGAUAACGGUGACAUCAACAAUUCCCACAACAUCGAAAAUAGCUGUAAACGGGACUUCUGUGUUUGAAAACUCUUCAGGAGACAUCCCAACGACUGCUUCUGAAACAGUUACCAGCGAGGCUGCUGUCGUUGUGUCAACAUCUUCAUCCGAGUUAGGAUUAACGACCCGAGAUACAAAACAAGAAGUUGCAGAAUCAUCUACAACAUCAGCAACAUUACCAGGACAGACACUUCAAACAAAUGGUUUUAUUUCCUUAGAGACAACUUCAGAAACAUUAACAUCGGAGAUGACAGUUGAGCCGACAAGAAGAGAGAGCACGUUGGACAUCACACUAGCGACGGAAGCACAAGUUCAGAAUUGCAUACCACCGGGAACACUGAUAUAUCUUCAGAAGUUUUAUCACAGUCUUUGUCAACCUCAAAGCAAGCAGAUGACGAGUCGACGAUAA